AUGGCCUCCAACACCGCCCAGAUCGUGGACGGCAACGCCAUUGCCAAGGAGAUCCGCCAGUCGCUCCACAAGACCAUUGGCGACCUCCAGGCCCAGAACCCCACUUUCCAUGAGCCGGUUCUCAACAUCUUCCAGCUCGGCUCCAACCCUGCUUCGUCGACCUACAUCCGCAUGAAGCUCAAGGCUGCCGAGGAGUCUGGCAUGAAGGUCAAGCACAUCCAGGUCCCCUCGGAUGCCGAGGUUGAGGGUGCUGCCCCUGGCCAGGGUGUUGCCAAGCUCCUCGAGCUCGUCCAGAAGGCCAACUCUGACGACUCGGUUGCCGGUAUCCUUGUCCAGCUCCCCCUCGAGGGUGCCUCCAAGGAGGCCGAGAAGGAGGUUGUUGACGCUGUUGACGUCUCCAAGGACGUUGACGGCUUCCACCCCGAGAACAUUGGUCUCCUCUCGAGCCGCAUCUCGGAGCCCUGGUUCACCCCUUGCACCCCCGCUGGUAUCCUCCGCCUCAUCGACUCGACCGGCUUUGACCUCGAGGGCGCCAACGUUGUUGUCCUUGGCCGUUCGGACAUUGUCGGCUCGCCCGUCUGCGCUCUCCUCCGCAAGCGCAACGCCACCGUCACCCAGUGCCACUCGCGCACCCAGGGCAUUGACCAGAUCAUCAAGAACGCCGACGUCGUUGUUGCUGCCAUUGGCCAGGCCCAGUUCGUCAAGGGUGACUGGAUCAAGCCCGGUGCCGUUGUCAUUGACGUUGGUACCAACUUUAUCCCCGACGCCACCAAGAAGUCUGGCCAGCGCAUGGUCGGCGACGUCGACUUUGAGGGUGCCUCCAAGGUCGCCUCGUUUGUCACCCCCGUCCCCGGUGGUGUUGGCCCCAUGACCGUUGCCAUGCUCAUGAACAACACCUACCUCGCCGCCAAGCGCCAGUGGGAGAAGAGCCGUGAGCGCAAGUUCACCACCCUCCCCCUCCAGCUCAAGGAGGACGUCCCCUCGGACAUUGAGAUUGCCGUUGCCCAGACCCCCAAGCCCGUGGCCGACAUUGCCCGCGAGAUGGGUGUCCAGGCCGACGAGAUUGAGUCGUACGGCAAGUACAAGGCCAAGCUCGAGCUCUCGAUCCUCCAGCGUCUUUCUAGCCGCAAGGACGGCAAGUACAUUGUUGUCGCCGGUAUCACCCCCACUCCCCUCGGUGAGGGCAAGUCGACCACUACCAUUGGUCUUGCCCAGGCCCUCGGUGCCCACCUCGACAAGGUUGCCAUUGCCUGUGUCCGUCAGCCCUCGCAGGGCCCCACUUUCGGUGUCAAGGGUGGUGCCGCCGGUGGUGGUUACUCGCAGGUCAUCCCCAUGACCGAGUUCAACCUCCACCUUACCGGUGACAUCCACGCCGUCACCGCCGCCAACAACCUGCUCGCUGCCGCCAUUGACGCUCGCAUGUUCCACGAGUCGACCCAGUCGGACAAGGGUCUCUUCAACCGCCUCUGCCCCCCCAAGAAGGGCGUGCGCUCGUUCUCCAAGCCCAUGCUUAUCCGUCUUGAGAAGCUCGGCAUCACCAAGACCAACCCCGCCGACCUCACCGAGGAGGAGGCCGCCCGCUUUGCCCGUCUCGACAUUGACCCUGCCACCAUCACCUGGAACCGUGUCAUUGACUGCAACGACCGUUACCUCCGCAAGAUCACUGUUGGCCAGGCCCCCACCGAGAAGGGCUUCUCGCGCGAGACCCAGUUCGACAUUGCCGUCGCCUCCGAGGUCAUGGCCGUCCUUGCCCUUUCCAAGGACCUCCGCGACAUGCGUGACCGUCUCGGCCGCAUGGUCGUUGCCUCGUCCAAGAACGGCGACGCCAUCACCGCCGAGGACAUUGGCUGUGCCGGUGCCAUGGCCGUCCUCAUGAAGGACGCCAUCAAGCCCACUAUCAUGCAGACCCUCGAGGGCACCCCCGUCCUCGUCCACGCCGGUCCCUUCGCCAACAUUGCCCACGGCAACUCGUCGAUCAUCGCCGACCGCAUUGCCCUCAAGCUCGCUGGUGUUGAGGAGGGUGACGACGAGUCGCGCAACGGCUACGUCAUCACCGAGGCCGGUUUCGGUGCCGACAUUGGUAUGGAGAAGUUCUGCAACAUCAAGACUCGUGUUUCGGGCCUUACCCCCAACGCCGUCGUCCUCGUUGCCACCAUCCGUGCCCUCAAGAUGCACGGUGGCGGUCCCCCCGUCUCGCCCGGCAAGGUCCUUGACGCCGUCUACUCGUCGGAGAACCUCGAGCUCCUCGAGAAGGGUUGCGCCAACCUCGGCAAGCACAUUGAGAACGCCAAGAAGUUUGGCCUCAAGGUCGUUGUCGCCAUCAACGGCUUCACCUCGGACACCCCCGCCGAGAUGGAGCUCGUUCAGAAGUACUCGCUCUCGGUCGGUGCCGACUACGCCGUCCCCUCGAACCACUGGGCCAAGGGUGGUGAGGGUGCCGUCGAGCUCGCCAAGGCUGUCAUCGAGGCGUGCAAGGACGAGUCCGAGUUCAAGUUCCUCUACGACGUCAACCUCCCCCUCGAGGAGAAGAUGAACAUUAUCGCCAAGGAGAUGUACGGUGCCGACGGCGUCGAGCUCUCGCCCGAGGCCAAGGAGGAGGUCGCCCGCUACACCCGCCAGGGCUACUCUGCCCUGCCCAUCUGCAUGGCCAAGACUGCCCUCUCGCUCUCGGACGACCCCAACCGCAAGGGUGUGCCCACUGGCUUCACCUUGCCCAUCCGCAACGUCCGUCUCUCGGCCGGCGCUUCGUUCGUCUACCCCCUCGUCGGCGACAUGUCCACCAUGCCCGGCCUCACCACCCGCCCGGGCUUCUACGACAUUGACCUCACCGAGGACGGCGAGAUUGUCGGUCUCUUCUAA